AGUUAGAGCACAUCGGCGGCGGGCGCGGAGGCGGCGGCAGCAGCAGCGGGCGCGGAGCAGCGGCGGCAGGACGGCAGCCGAACCUUCCUCGGCCGAGGGAGCGGCGGGAGCGGGAGCCGCGGCGGGAGCAGGAGAAGCAGCAGCAGCAGCAGCCGCCGCCCCCUCCUCCGGCCUUGAGCGCGCGGGCCCCAGAAGGGGGCGCGCCUCCAGUCCCCAUCCCGCAGCCGGGCGGCUACGCGGCGGCGAAGGAGGAGGAGGAGGCGGCGCUGACGCAGCAGCGUGGAGCCCGGGACUCGGGCGCCCCGGGGCGUUCCAGCCGCCGGAUUCCAGCCCGGCCGGGGCCUCCGCCUGCCCUGGGUGGGCCCGCUUGAGCCGAACGACGACGGAGGAGCAGCAGCCCGCCAGCGCCCCGGGGUGGACAUUGAUCCUAUGACGCAUGCCCGGAAGAAACAGCUCUUACUUCUGAAACACUCAGCUGGUUCUGCUGGCCAAGCUUUGUCACCGAUUGACGGUGAGAGAAUGGAUAGGACUGAGGCGGAGGAUUGCGAGCGAGGCAAUGGCGCUGAGGGGCAAACCUGCCAGAGUCGAUUUGCAGGCGUGAAUAAAAGCAGGAAUUUGCAGGAACUCAGAAAGACGUAUCCAUUGAGAAAACGCCUCAGCUCACCCGUGGAUAAAAAAACAUGCUCCGUGCUCCUCACUAGAUUGGAGGAUGUUGCCGGAUCCCUGUCGGAGGAGACUCAGAGUGGGAUGAAGAGAGGUCUCGCCCAUUGUAUGGAUGACUUCAGACCCGCCUGCCUUCCGGAUCGCGUUCAGGUCGUGAGAGCAGCGAAACAAGAGCCAUCGGCAGGGAGAUGCACAAUAUCGUGUUCUGGGACCGGGCUGCAGGGAAGCGAUGCUUGUCUUGCAGAACCCAGGAAGCGCAGGUUAGCCUCGCUGAACGCAGAGGCAGUCAACAACCUGCUUUUCGAACGGGACGACGGCUUAAUAACCGGCCGGCGUUUCCGGAAAGAUCCCCCCAAAGUCAGUGGAGUUUGUUGCACUAAGAAUAUCUGCUGCAGUACUCAGGGCGCUUGGCCCUCGGUGGAAAAGCAGAGCUCCAAGGCAGCAAAGGGAAAGAACCAAAACCGACCGAGUCCGAAGUGUGCUCCUCAGCCGCUGGAUGGUGUCGUCGACGGGAAAGGGCGGGAGGAUGGCGGGAUUUCCUACCACCCUGCUCCAAAGAGAGUGGCCAGUCUCAACGCCGCGGCGUUUCUGAAACUGACCCAUGAGAAAGACCAGCCGCUGAAGCCCAGGAGUAAAUCCACUGGGGAAAAAGAGAGCAAGCCUGAAAACCACGGUUCCAAAUCUAAGCUCAAAUGGGCCAAAGCCAGUGGGAAAAACUGCGUUAAAUCCAAAAAGGAAACAUCCAGUGUAAACAUAGAAGGUCAUCAUAGCUGGCAAGGAGUCGCUGAGGGCGUAUUUACAAAAGCAGCCCAUCAGGAUCCUCCUAGAAUUUUGGGGGAAACGGAGUCUGUCAGUUACGAGCCGCUACCUAACUCUUGCGAAGGCCCAGAGGGUUUCUAUCACAGACUGCCUUUGCUCAUGGGUGGGCAAGCCUCUAUGAAACCUGAAUAUGGAAGACCCGGAGAGAAAUCUCCGACUCCCAAGCAGGAAUUUCAUCAGCCUUCCUUCCCAGUACCUCAGUUCCACCCUUUGCCCGUGCCAGGAAACCAUACGGAUUGUGGCUGCCUCUACGAAUCGUCGGACUUGACUCCAUUGAAUGGGUUUUAUGUUUAUUAUGGCCAAAGCGGAUACAAUGAUUACACUCACUGCUCUGUUUACCCGAAGGAUGAGCUGUCCCAGGCGACGGGUUGCGAGGGGCUUUUGGUGUCUCCGGGUUCUUUACCGCCAGACCCCUCGUUUCAGCCAUUUCACUGGUGUAGCUCUCCCUACUGUUGUGGGGAAGGACCGGCAAUUAACAGUUACAGCCUUUGUGGAGUUAUGCAUGUACCGGAGAGCAGAAUCAGUACUGUGCACGCAGGGCGGAACUGCUACCCUUAUAAGAUGCCUUUUGCAGCAGACAGCUGCAAGUCUCUGGACCAGCUGAGCCUCACAAUCCCUGUGGCAGGGCACCCUGUUUCACCUGCCCACCCACUCUCAGGAUGUCCGGUACCAAGUGUGCCACCAGCUGCAGAACCUGUUCCUCACUUGCAGACGCCCAACUCGGAGCCCCAGACUAUGGCCCGUGAGUGCCCACAGAGCUCCAAGCCUCCCAGUGGCUCCAAAUCAGGCCUCCGCAACACCGCCAGCUGUUUACAUGUGUCCGACAGCAAAACCGUUGGGGGUCACUCUCAUCCAAAGCAGCAACGGAUCAACCGGAGAAGAGCCACCAAUGGCUGGAUACCCAUUGGAGCAGCCUCCGAGAAGGCUGUCUAUGUUGUGAACGAACCAGAGCCAGCUGUUCGCAAGAGCUACCAGGCCGUGGAGAGAGAUGGAGAAAUCAUCCGGGUCCGAGACACAGUCCUCCUGAAAUCUGGACCACGAAAGAAAUCUAUGCCUUAUGUGGCAAAGAUAUCAGCCCUAUGGGAAGACCCCAAAACAGGGGAGCUGAUGAUGAGCCUCCUGUGGUACUACAGACCAGAGCACACUCAGGGAGGCCGCAAUCCUAGCAUGCAUCAGAAUGAGAUCUUUGCAUCCCGACAUCAGGAUGAAAACAGUGUUGCCUGUAUCGAGGAGAAGUGCUAUGUCCUGACCUUUGCAGAAUACUGCAGAUUUUGUGCCUUGGCGAAGCGUCGAGUGGAGGGGAUCCCGGGCAAGAAAGCCGUGAUGGUUCCUCCGUCGGAAGAGUAUUCCACCCCUGCCCAUCGCAAGGUGCCAGAGGACACCGACCCCGAGUUGGUUUUCCUCUGCCGCCAUGUCUACGACUUCCGGCAUGGGCGCAUCUUGAAGAAUCCGCAGUAGCCGAGCUCUGCAGCUCCGUGGGGUUGACAAGUGGCGGUGGCUGGAGAGCCGAGGGCAGCCUGACCUCCUUGCCGGCACGUGCUGUGGCGGAGCCCUGCCCUUGGGCACAGGAGGGGAUGCCCAAGCACUCUAUCCUCUGCGUUUGGGGAGCAGAUUUCCUGCCGAGGCAGAUGUUCAAAGCACAGCACUUCAUAUAAAGAGCAUAAAUGGAAAUAUAUAUCUAUAGAGAAAUGUGUGUGUGUGUAUAUAGAUAUAGGUACUUGCUUCUGUAAAUCUAUAUCUAUAUAUAUAUAUGUACAAUGAGCAUCUUAUAAGGGGGGGGGGAGGGGGGAGGGGAAAGGGCAGGGUGGUCCAGGGGAUAAAAGCCAGUAUAAACUGAAUCCAGAGCCAGUCUUGGGGAUGGUUAGAGCAUACAGAAGAGGAACUAGUGCAGAAGAGAGCUGAGCUGCUGUGGGCCCUUGAUCUCGUGUCCUCGAUAUGAAGGCUGAGGCAGAGAUCCUUCUGAUCAGUGUCAUACUUGAGGUUGGAGAAGCACCCCUGUUUGGGAGACGUGUACGUGCUGCGUAUCCUUGCCACAUACUGAACAUGUUUUGGUAAGGGGAGGAGGACCACGCUUGCUUUCUGGGGUUGUCCAGUCCGUUGUUUGCUUUCCUGACUGGCUUUGAGCUUCAGCUCCAAAGCAGGAAGUGGGAAAGAUGCAAUGGGAUUACUUCAGACCAUUAUGAAAAGCUGCGUAGAUUUAAUACACACACACACAUGAGAGAAAACAGGGUCCAACCUUAAGGAUCACUGCUUCAGAAGUGGGCAAGCACCUGAACAGCUCCCAGAGCUUAAUUGACAGCUGCUACAAAACCGAUACCUUCCCUCCAGAUGUUUGGAGAGGCAUCCCUUCUGCUGGUUGAAAUAGUGGAUAUUCUUUCCCAUCCCGAUUCCAUUUUCUUUGCUCUUAUUUCCAGCCCUUGUAGAACCUGGAUUUGCACACUCCAGCGUACUCGGGGAGGGCUUCAAAGCCAGAGUUAGCAAGGACGUUGUACCGCUUGAACUGCAUUCUUUUCGAAACAGGCAUCCUAACUUGACCAGCCUGGUCUGCUUUUGCCUGCCUACCUCUCUCCUCUCCCAAACACCUCCCCACCCCCCCACCCCCCAAAAAAAUCUCCUCUUAACACUGACAUCUGAGCAUGCCCACCAAGGCGAGACUCUUUGGCUCCCAAAAGGAACUGACCAAUGAGAGGUUUGCAUUUUGGAGAGAGAGAAUAAAAACUUGCUACCUGAUUCCUACGGAUACUUCUGCCUCUUGCCUUACAUGUAUAGGUGUUAGAAAGAAAGAAAAAACUACUUUAGUUUUGGCUUUAACACGAAGCUAUUUCAGUUAAUUCUAAAAGCAAACCAAAGGACAGCAUACGAAAGAGCCCGCUGAACCGGUCACACAAAGCUGGGAUUCCAUUUGUAGAUUGCACUAAUUCUAAAGAAUGAGAAUUAACACUGGAUCAGUCGAUGUGCUUGCUGAUGGCCAGAGUCGCUCACCCGAACGAGGGACCUGUGGGGGUUGCUUUUUGGGUGUGUGUGUGUUGGGGGAGGGAGUGUUCUGAACUGAACUGAACUAGUGUUAUACGAUGAUAGAAACGUUCCUACGGCUUUAAUAUUGUCGUCUUUUUUCAAGUAGAAGUAGUACUUGCCCGCAGGCUGGAACGGAGUCUCGCCACCUGGGCUCUCUCUGCCUGCCUGGCCCGGAGGAAGUAGCCCUGCCAUGUUCAGUUCCUUGUGCCAUGAGCACGAGUGGAGAUCUGCAGAUUUUGCUCAUCAUACCAAAGAUGGGAAAGUGAUGGGGAGGAGAGAGAGAGGUUGAGAAGGUCAAAGCAAGAGAUGGUUGGUUAUACCUCAAGGUCACGAGGAGACGAUUCCUACUGUGUUUUAGUAGGGAAAGGAUUUGCUCCCUGCCGUUACGGGGGAAAUCCCCACCCUAAUUCCGAGCAAGAAUCUGUGGCUGAUCCAAGCUGGCUAGUGCCAAAGUAAUGGCUUUAUUCCCCCCGUAACCAUUGCUUGGGCACGUCGGAGGGCUCUUGGGAGUUGCCGGUGCUACAAAGCACACCUUGUUAUAGCACAGGAAUGGAACAGAAGUUUCCAUGUGAUAUUUCCCUCAAGCAGGCGAGAGAGCCUGACCAUGAGGGAGGCUCAGAUUGGAUGGAAGGAAGGGUAGGGCUGGCAUCACUCUUUUCAGUUUAGAGGUAUGCUGGGGUGGUUUGGGAGCAAUACUGUGGGUUCCGUAGUUGCUGCCUGUUCUUCCAUUUGCCUGGUUGAAGAGGGAAUUGUAGGGGAAAGAGAAUGACUGGAAUAGGGAAUGUUCCCAGAAUGAUAUGGGGAAAGUGUGUGGUGUGUGUGUGUGUGUGUGUGUGUGUGUGUGUGUUAGGAGUUGAGUAGUCUGAUCUAUGCAGAAUCAGAUUUGGGGUUCCUUUCUCCGCCCGUGUAAUUGGGGGUGGGGGAAAGAAACCACGUUGCUAGGUAUCCUCUUUUUCCGGGGAGGGGGGGAAAUAGUAGUGUUCAUGGUAUAGUGAAGGGAAUCCUCACAGCUUUUGAUUCGAGACUCAUGUUCAGGGUGCUACUGCCCUGAAGAAAGAGCUUUUGGGAAAACAGAGACCAGACUCAUUUCCUGAAAGAUCUGAUGUCUGCUACUGCUUCCUCCUCCUCCUUCGUCCUGCCUCCUCUCCAGGCAGGAACAAAGAAAACAAACUCACACAAUUGUACAAAUGGAAAGAAAUUGUAUAUCUGCCCAGGUUCGGGGGUGGGCUAGAAGCCCCCUAUCUGGAGAGGAGAACCCCUAACCCUUCCGUGCUUCUGAUAUUGUCAGAAUCUACUUCAGGCCAAGAAAUAUUGUUUAAAGACUUGUGUGGUUGUUUUAUGCUGUUUUGCGGGCAGCAUGUAAAUGAUUUGAAAUGUCUUAUCUGAAAUGAAAAUAUUUCAUGCUUUUUUAAUCUAUUAGAUAUGGAAAUAUUUUUGAAACUGAAAAUGCAGUCAGUAGAAUUUAAAUUGAAAUGUAAUACAUGUAAAAUAUAUUUUAGUUGAUAAUUUUGUAAAAUGCACUUUUUUGUGUCUCUUCCCUUGUUUCCCAGAUCUGUAUUUCAGUGUUUACAGAUGGAAUGAGAGCAUUCCCUAUACCCUCCUUCUGUGAAAAAGAUAUAUUAGAAGUAAUUCUUUAAAAUAAAUUUGAGAAAUUGUAUUGAUUUAGAAAACAAA